AUGACUUCAGUGAAAACAGUGUCUAUGGAAGAUCUCUCUUGUUCUGUGUGCUGUGAAAUCUAAAAGAAUCCCGUUCUUCUAUGUAGCUGUAAAGAGUGCCUUCAAGAGUUCUGGAAAUCCACAAGUACUCAAGAGUGUCCCGUUUGCAGGAGAAGGUCUUCCAAAUCGGAUCCUUCUUGCAAUCUUGUGUUGAAGAACGUGUGUGAGUCACUGACAGCAGAAAGAGCUUCAGGAUCUGAGCUGGUCUGCAAUUUGCACAAUGAGAAGCUCAAACUCUUCUGCUUGGAUGAUGAACAGCCUGUGUGUCUUGUGUGCAGAGAUUCACAAAAACACACGCUUCAUUUGUUUGCUGAUUGUUCCUUUAUUAAAUUCAAGGAGGAGCUCAAAACAACACUAAUGUCCUUACAAGAGAAGUUUAAACACACAGAAAUAACUAAAAGAGAGUGUGAUAAAACAGUCCAGCACAUUAAGAGUCAGCGCGAGAGCACAGAGCAGCAGAUUAAAGAGGAGUUUAAGAAGCUUCAUCAGUUUCUGCACGAUGAAGAAGAAGCUUCAAUCUCUUUGCUGAAGAAGAAGGAGGAACAAAAGAAUAAAAUGAUGAAGGAGAAGAUUGUGGAGAUGAACAGACAGAUCUCAGAUCUAGCAGACACUAUAAAAGAUUUAAAAGAAAAGAUGAACGCCAGUGAUGCCUCAUUUCCACAUAGCUUUAAAGGCAUCAUGGAAAGAGCUCAGAGUUCACAGCAGGAUCCACAGAUAAUUUCAGGAGCUUUGAUUCAUGUGGUAAAUCACCUGAGAAACCUCACCUUCAGACUCUGGAAGAAGAUGCAGCAACUUGUUCACAACACUCCUGUGACUCUGGACCCAAACACUGCAAAUUCCUAUCUGAUCCUGUCCGAUGAUCUGACAAGUCUAAAACGCAGGGCUUGUAGUCAGCUGGUUCCUGACAAUCCAGAGAGAUUUGACCCAUAUGCUUGUGUUCUGGGUUCAGAGGGCUUUCACUCAGGAACACACUGCUGGGAUGUGGAGGUAUAAGACAAUUCGGACUGGAUUAUAGGAGUAACUACAGAAUCAAACCAAAGGAAAAGAGAGUUCUUUGAACCUAAUGUCUGGUGUGUGUGUGUGUGGUACAGAGAUAAAAAAUAUUCCACACAGGCUCCAGAGAAUUACAACAACACGUUUUCAGUAAAAGUGAAGCUUCAGCGUGUGAGAUUGGAGCUGGACUGGAAAGGAGGAAAACUAUUGUUCUGUGAUCCUGUAACAAACACACAUUUACAAACACUCAUAACCACCUUUACAGAGACUGUCUUUCCAUUCUUCUACAGUUAUGAUGUUCUCUCUCCUCUAAGGAUUUUACCAGCUAAAGUGGUUGUGAAAACAGAAAUGUAG